ACAAUGCAACCCAGGUACUGACAGAUAAAAGUCAGCUUGGAAACACGAUAUAAUUUCACAUUUCUAUUAAACUUUUAUAUACAAUCUAUUAACGACAGCAUAUAUCUUAAAAUUAUGAAUAAUGAUUUUGAACCUUUAACACCGUCACUUAAGAACGUUAUCGACCAGAAAUCUUUGAAAUGGAUAUUUGUGGGAGGGAAAGGCGGUGUUGGAAAAACGACUUGCAGCUGUAGUUUAGCGGUUCAAAUGUCCAAAGUACGUGAAUCGGUACUCAUAAUAUCCACAGAUCCAGCGCAUAAUAUAUCAGAUGCCUUUGAUCAGAAAUUUACGAAAGUACCUACAAAGGUGAAUGGCUUCAACAAUCUAUUUGCCAUGGAAAUUGAUCCCAAUGCUGGUCUAAAUGAAUUACCGGAUGAGUACUUCGAGGGUGAUAACGAAGCUUUUCGGGUAAGCAAAGGGGUAUUUCAUGAAGUUUUAGGUGCGUUGCCUGGAAUUGAUGAAGCAGUAAGCUAUGCAGAAGUUAUGAAAUUAGUAAAGGCUAUGAAUUUUUCUGUUGUCAUAUUUGACACUGCUCCCACAGGUCACACGUUACGUCUCUUAUCAUUUCCACAAGUCAUUGAGAAAGGUCUGGGAAAAUUAAUGCGUUUAAAAAUGAAAAUUGCUCCACUUAUAUCGCAGUUUGGUAGCAUGUUGGGCUUAACUGAUUUUAAUCCAGAUUCUUUAUCAAAUAAAUUGGAUGAAAUGCUGAAAGUUAUUAAACAAGUCAAUGAACAGUUCAGAAAUCCGGACCAAACGACUUUCGUAUGCGUAUGUAUUGCGGAAUUUCUUUCAUUAUACGAAACGGAACGGCUUGUGCAAGAGCUAACGAAAUGUGGCAUCGACACACACAAUAUUAUAGUAAACCAACUAUUAUUUAUGAAGGAAAAUCAACAACCAUGUAGCAUGUGCUCUUCCAGAUAUAAGAUACAAGAAAAAUAUUUAGACCAAAUUGCUGAUUUAUAUGAAGAUUUUAAUGUCACCAAAUUGCCACUACUUGAGAAAGAAGUCCGAGGUGCAGAAAAUAUAAAGAAAUUCUCCGAAAACUUAAUAAUUCCUUACAGUCCUAAAUAAAACUAACUUAUUUGCAUAUAUUGUGAUUUUUAUCGUUUUGUCGAUUUGGAAAAAAAAAUAUUUGAAAUGAAUCGAAAACUAUAUUUUUUAGUAUAAAACAACUUUAAUAAAAUUAUUCAUUAUACCAAAUGC